CGUGCGGUUCCCACACCGGUACGUCCGGGUGCGGUCCCCACUACCGGUCCGCGGUCCGGUCCCUGACCACACCUGUCCGGUACCGUACCGGACGGACGGACGGCCGCCGCACGGGUCAGCUCGCCGGAUGGCUGCUCCUGUGAUCCUCUGACCCCGUCCGGCCGGUCUGACACGUCCCCAGACCAACUGCCCACCGCCGACCGCGCCGACUUCGUCUCCUGACCGACGCGAGGCACGCGGGGUCGUCAACCCGCCUGAGAGUCGCGGGGAACGCCGGCGUGCGCCCGGCCCGCGGCGGCGGCCGCGCCGGACCGGGCCGUGGAGCGCGGCCGGUGCUCCCGGCGACUCUCGGCGCUGCAGGUAGGCGCUCGGCGGCGCGCUCUUCUGAGGUAGACGACGGUUUCGGCUCUGCAGUGCAGUCGCGCGCGUCCGCCGGACCUCCGUCGGUACAGACGCUGGAGCGGCUACCCGACACCCCGGAGAGGUCACCCGACACCGCGCGCCGACGAAACCGACGCGUCGGCGCCGGCGGCAGACGGCAGGCGGCGCGCCGCCCGGAGACCGCGGUGACCCAGUGCCGCGCAUGGACCGCCGUCACGUGGGCUGCGUGCGCGCCGCCGCUGUGCACCGUUAGGCAUCUGCGGCGGCCGGUCGGCGUGUUUACCGUUUAGAGCGGCGCCGCGGCGGGCUGUGGAGGCGUGGGAACGCUCCGGUGACGGCGGAACUCGAGUGGACGGUGGACGGUGGACGGUCGGAAGGACCCGUGCCCGCGGCGGGAGCGAGAGUGUUAUGUUCUGUGGUGAAGCGAAUUUGUAAUGGUUUGGUGACAAAACAACUGUGCUACUGGGUAACAAUUUUAUGAGCGCAGUGUGAUAUACGAUUGUGAUUGUGAACGAAAAGUUUUAAGUGCGAAAAAGCCUGAGCACCACGUCUGCACUGAAUUGGACUGGCGUCAGCCUUGCCACCUUCACUGCUCCAGAUCAGCUGCAUCAAAUGGGACCAGCGGCGGCUGCUCUCUCACGGCCUUCUGACCCGGCUGUGACCUCGUGCUGACCCGAGACGGGAACGGACACCCACCCGCCGUGAUCGCGGUGACCCGACACGGCCGCCGGAGUUCGGAGCUCCGCACUGCUGAGUCCCGUCAGUGGGCAGCCGCGCGCCUCUGCCGCCCGCGAUCCCUCUCUGUGGAUCUACUGCAGCCUCAGGGCGGCCUGUGACACCUCCGUGGACCGUCCGCCCUGCCAUGUGGGCCUCAGAGCUGCUGGGAGCGCUGCUGGGCCGGCCGGCCAGCCUGCCGGGCAGCCGCGACCUGACCGGCCGGCCGGUGCUGUUCGUCGGCGUGCCGGCCGACGGCGGCCUCUGGUCAGAGCAGGAGCUCCAACAGGUGGUCCGCUACCUGGCCGACAUACCCAGACCGGCCGACUCGCCGCUCUGUGUGGUGCUGGACGCCCGCGCGGGCUCGUGGCGCUCGGUGCGCGCCGUUCAGCGGACGCUGGCGGCCAUCAGCGGCCGGACCGGCGUGCAGCUGGUGCUGCGCCACGACUCCUUCUGGGAGAAACAGCGCGUCACCUGCGGACGGCCAGAGGACGACGUGCAGCCGGAGUACAUUCCUCUGUCGAAACUGCAGCGUUACAUCGCCCCGGACCAGAUCCCCGAGGAGUUGGGAGGGACGUUCCCGUACAACCACGAGGACUGGAUCCAGGACAGAAUGCGACUGGAGCAGUUUCUGCAGGACGCCGGUGCCGCGCUGGACGCGCUGAAGACGGUGUGGCUGCGCCUGCUGCCCGCCGAGGCCGCGCCAGCGGCGCAGCUGCGGGAGACGAUCGGCACGGCCGGCCCGCUCUACCGCGCGGCGCUGGACACCGCCGAGGGCGUCAUACACACAGGCGAGGAGCUGCUGUCCAGUCUCCGGCCGAGCUCUGAGCCCGGCCUCCAGCGGCGGAGCAGCGGCAGGCCGCCGGACCCGGAUCCUCGGACCCGGACCCGGACUCCACCGGACUCGGACCCCCGGACCCGGACCCCGCCGGAUCCGGACCCGCUCAACCAGCGACAACAGGUGCAGCAGCGGGUCACUGACCUGACCUCUCACUGUGACCUGGUGCGUCACGCCUGGUCGGAGCUGCACACGGCUCUGGGCCGCGCCGACCUCCAUCGGCUGCUGGUCAGGCGGGUCGACGACGUGAUUGGCUGGGUGCUCGGCCCGGGGGAGGAGCUUCUGGCGUCCCAGGCGCUGAUUGGUCGGGACGUGGCCUCCUCGGAGCGGCUCAUCGAGCUCCACGACGAGGCAGAGCUGCAGUGCAGGGACACGUACGCCGAGUUUGCCGCGGUGCGCCGGCUGCUGGAGGAGGCCGCCGACGGCCGCUCGGCCGAGACGGCCUCUGCCGAGGAGGCGGCCUCGCUGGCCGGCCAGCGGCGCUACAUGGAGAGCGUGUGCCGCGCGCUGGCCAGCCGGCUGGAGCGGCGGCGGCACCUGCUCAUCACCGCCGCCCGCUUCUACCGUCUACUGGAACAGGUAUCUAACACGCGUCACGUGCUGUGUCCCUCCCGGCAGGUGUCUGACACGUGCCACGUGCUGCUGGAGGCCGCCGAUGAGGGCGUCCAGUCGCUGCAGCCCGACCAGCUCGCCGACAAGCUGCGGCGCAUGCAGACCGUCGCGAACGACACGGAGCGGAUAUACGCCGAGCUGAUCCGGACGGGUGAGAAGCUGCAGGACAUGUUGACACUGCCGGUGAAAAACUCGGCCGGUCAGGACAUCACCCCCGACUACAGCUCGGAGCUGGCGCACGUGACGCGUCUCUCGCAGCGGCUGCAGCAGCACGUGCAGACGGUGCUGGAGACGUGGGAGAUCAGCCGGCUGCGGCUCCAGCAGACGCUGCAGCUGGGCCAGUGUCAGGCGCAGGCCGAGCAGGCGCUCUCCUGGCUGGCGGACCUGAGUCGCCUGCUCGGCUCAGAGCACGCCCGGGUGGGUCGAGACAAUACCGAGAUACAGCUGAUGAAGCGACAACACCAGAGCUUCGAGGAGACGGCCAAGCGCACGUACGAGUACGGGGCGGAGUCGUGCGCGGCGGCCGGCCGGCUGGGCGGUGACGAGGUGUCCGGGCAGCUGAGCGGCCGUCUGGAGCAGGCCUGGUCGCGGCUGAGGGCCGCCGCCCAGGAGCACAUCACGCGCCUUCGAGUGGCCGCCGUGUUCCACCGCACCGCCGACGAGCAACUGCGUCGACUGCGGCAGCUGUGCUGCGAGCCGCCGCGGCCGGCGCGCGCCUCGUCGGUCGCCUCCUCGCCGCGGUCGUCGCCGUCAUCGGCCUCCUCUGACGCCGUCGGCAGUCAGCUGGGCGAGCGGGAGACGCUGCUGCGAGACGUCGGCCGCACCAUCCGGCUGGGAAAGCUGCUCCGAGAGCGGCUCCAGGACGACGUCAAACCCAGCGAGUCGGACCGCAACGCCGGCGCCCGGGCGGCCAUCUCCGCUAAACUCUCCGAGGUGGGGUUCCUGUGGGCGCGCCUGGACGCGCAGUGUCGGCAGUGGCGGCGGGCGGCCGGCGACUCGCCCGACUCCGGCCCCGUCAUGGAGAGCUCGCCCGUGUCCAGACAGGUGCGCGGCGCGGCGGGCGCUCAGGAGCGGGCGCCCGCCACCGGCACCGGCAGAGAUGAGGAGGGGCCGGACUGUGCGCUGCACCGGUCAGCCUCCUGGCGGUCCACCGACUCGGACUGGCUCACCGCUCAGUCGUCCGAGUACGGCAGCGCAGAGGGCGCCACUGGCGCCGCCGCCGCCGCCGCCGGCUCCCUGGCCUCACUGGAGGAGCUGGUCACCGCUCCGCUGGCCGGCUCCGGAUCCCUGGAGCACGGCGACGGCGACUCCAGCCCCGAGUCACAGCAGGACACGGAGCCGCCGUCGCUGGGCGAGGACUGGAGCUACGACUCGCCGCCGGACACGGCCGACCUCUCGCUGCCCGGCUGGGCCGCCUGGCGCAGCAAGUCGCGCACGCCCUCCCUGGAGAAGCUGCUAGACGAGGACUUCCCGCCGCUGCCACCCCUAGGGGCCGGCUUCAGCGGACGGCGCAGCAGCAGCGCCGGCAGCCGGGACAGCGGCGGCGCCAGCGGCAGCGCCGAGACGCGCUCACCGGCCGCGAUGACGCCGGCGGUGACGUGCGAUGACGGUCUGCCGUCGUCAUCGGCCGGGGACCGGGAGCCGUCCUCAGAGGCGGACUCGUCCGAGGGGCAGCCGCGGCGGCCGUCCGCCGUGUUUGUGUCCGCCGCCGGCCGCCGGCCGCCACAGCCGGCGGGCUGCGGGGCGCGACUGGUGCGGCUCGUGCAGCGCUCAGCCUCCUUCUCCACGGAGCUGCGCAGUAGGCCGGCCGCCAGCGGGGACUCGGAGUCGCCUGAGGCCGGCGGAGGGCCCCGGCCGGCCGCCACGUCCACCAAACAGUCGCGGCCGGCCGAGGGCGGCAGUCCGGCGCGGCCCCGCAAACUCAGCCGCCUGGAGCGCCGCCUGGAGCGUCUGGACGCCUGCGUGGACGCCGUCCAGGCGCAGCUGCUCCAGCUGGAAGGCCACCUGGACGCUCGCAUAGAGAGCCAGGCGAGCGAACAAGACCAGGAACAGUAUGACGAUGAGCAUUACGAAGAGCUGGACGGAAAAUGCGAAGGAAGCGAACCCGUAAACCAGCCGGAGGACCAGCACGAACACCAGCUUCGGAAGCAGUCCUCCACAGUACUGGAGGUAGACCUGUGCGCGGAGUCGGAGAGUCUGACGCCCGUGCCGCCGGCGGUGCGCGAGGAGGGCCGACUGGAGACCGCGCCCGGCCGGCGGCCCUCCUCCCUGGCCAGCACCCCGUCGCCGCUGGGCCGGCCGCGCACCCUGACACCGUCUGCCUCUGAGGACGCCGAGGUGGACGGAUGGCGGCUGCCGGGCCGCGUCACCCCCCAGACGCCCACCGCGCCACGGACCCCGCUGCCGCCGCCGCUGGAGCCGUGGACGCAGCCCCCGGUCGAGCCGCGCGCCGCCGCGCCCGAGCCGUCUCCGUCUCCGCCGCUGUCUCCGGAGACGGCGCGCACAGUGGCGGAGACGGCGGCGGCGCGCCGUCAGCGGACGGGGCCGGCCGACGUCAGCGGUGACGUGUCUCCGGACCUGGACGUCAGUGGGACCGGAGACGAGGGCAUGGAGCUGCAGUACGCGCACCGGGUCAGUGUGACGGAGCCGGCCGACGAGCCGGACGAGCAGGACGAGCCGCCGGCCCAUUCGGACGCCGCCACGAGCCCGAGGGGACUGGAACAGAUUGAGACGCCGGGGAACUCGCUGGAGACUCGUCUCACAGAGGUGGCGCCCGAGUAG